CGGUAAUGAAUCGCUCUCUCCUCCACCCACUGGCCACAGUCACAGUCUCAUCAACCGACGAAAUUAUUAUUUCUUCUCCUUUACGCUCAAUCUCACCACUUUAUCAGUUCAUUACUCUAAAUGUAGUUGAUUUCCCCUGAAAGCGAGGGACACUGCUUGAUCUCGAGUUCUCUUCACGAUGGAGCGGAACUUCUCCUCAGACGACGAGGAAGAAGACGAGCAGCAUUUGAUCCCUCAAAACGAAACUCGCAACCGCCACCGACAAGAUCCUCUAUCCUCCUCCUCAGCUUUCCAGAUCGAAGACAUGAUUCUGUCUCGGAGGAAGAUCUCUCUCAACAAGCGUUACAUCGUUGCCGCCGUCGUCUCACUAGCUAUCUCAAUCGCUCUCAUCUUCUUCUUAUUCACUGAUGAUCUUCGUCAACUGUUCCCCAGUGUCAAACUAGAUCCACUCUCGAGUCGUGUCAAAGAAUCCGAGCUCCGCGCACUCUAUCUCCUCAGGCAGCAACACCUCGCGCUUCUCUCUCUCUCGAACCGUACAAACUCUUCUCAAGAUUUGAAAUUCGCUGUCUCGAAGCAGAUUUCGUUGAAUAACGAGAUCCAAGAGGCGCUUCUCUCACCACACAGAACCGGUAACUACUCCGGUUCGGUGCUUGGUCCAUACGAUGGAUGCAGGAAGGUGGAUCAGAAGUUGUCGGAUCGGAAAACGAUAGAGUGGAAGCCGAGACCAGACAAGUUUCUUUUCGCUAUAUGUCUCUCAGGACAAAUGAGCAACCACUUGAUUUGUUUAGAGAAACACAUGUUCUUCGCUGCAUUGCUGGAUCGAGUUCUUGUCAUCCCCAGCUCCAAGUUUGAUUACCAGUACGAUAGAGUGAUUGACAUUGAGCGGAUUAAUACUUGCUUGGGAAGAAACGUGAUCGUUUCUUUCGAUCAGUUUAUUAAGGUUAAAAAGAAUCAUCCUCGAAUUGAUCGUUUCAUAUGUUACUUCUCAUCGCCACAGCUUUGCUAUGUGGAUGAUGAGCAUCUUAAGAAGCUGAAAGGUUUGGGAGUUUCCAUCGAGGGGAAGCUGGAGUCUCCUUGGAGUGAAGAAGAUAUAAAGAAACCUAGCAAGAGAACGGUGGAUGAGGUGCGGAGAAGUUUCAAGUCUGAUGAUGAUGUGAUCGCCAUUGGGGAUGUUUUCUAUGCUGAUAUGGAGCAAGAUUGGGUGAUGCAGCCUGGUGGACCUAUUAACCACAAGUGCAAGACAUUAAUUGAACCCAGUAAGCUUAUUUUGUUGACCGCUCAGCGAUUCAUACAGACCUUCUUGGGAAACAAUUUCAUCGCUCUUCAUUUCCGGCGACAUGGGUUCCUCAAAUUCUGCAAUGCAAAAGCACCGAGUUGCUUCUAUCCAAUUCCACAAGCUGCAGAGUGUAUUGCUAGGAUGGUGGAAAGAUCCAACGGUGCAGUAAUCUAUCUUUCAACAGAUGCUGCAGAAAGUGAAACAAGUUUGCUUCAGUCACUUGUUGUGGUCGAUGGAAAUAUUGUGCCUCUUGUCAAGCGUCCACCUCGUAAUUCAGCUGAGAAAUGGGACGCAUUGUUAUAUCGACAUGAUAUAGAGGAUGACUCUCAGGUAGAUGCAAUGCUGGAUAAAACGAUUUGUGCCAUGUCCAGCGUCUUCAUUGGAGCCUCAGGAUCCACUUUUACAGAGGAUAUCUUGAGGCUAAGAAAAGAUUGGGGGACGUCUUCUAUGUGCGAUGAGUACCUAUGUCGAGGGGAAGAGCCAAACUUCAUAGCAGAAGAUGAAUAAGUAAAGCACACUUUUAUCUUAGACUUGUGUAGUUUAAGAUUCCAUUGUUCACUUCCUCUAGUCGAAUUGUUUAGUGUAAUUAUAGAAAUCCAACUUUGGAUAUUUUUUUGCGGGUUUCAUUUUAUUUUCAUGAUGGUGUGGAGAUAACAGUGUGAAUCGAUAGAAUAAAGAGCCUCGGUUUGUUUGAUCAAAGAAAAAAAGAUCCUACAAGCGAUACGUAUUACAGUAUAUGUAUUGUUUUUGUUUCUCUUCGAGCAAGAAAAGUU